AUGUCAAACCUGUACUAUUUCUUUAAAAAUAUCUUGAAUUGUAUAUUGGAUGAGAAUACAUUUUCCACGAUACGGGACUUUCUAGGCGACUGGAUUUUAAAAAAUGCUUGGAUGACAAUCUUAUUUAUAGUUUUCCUAGGAGUUUAUUUUGAGAUAAUCCUCAUAAGAACUUUUGAAUUCCUUAAAAAGAAGCUUGAGCUACAGGAAAAUGGUAGUCCAGAGUCUCAGAAGAGUGAAGACAACGUCCCGAGAAGGUUGACAUUUGGUCUAGCGAGUCGGGCAGCUGUGUGCUCAUCUGCAGAAGAAAAAGUUAAAAGGUUUUCGGGAAAAAUAACUUCAACACUUCCUUCUGAAGAAAAUGCAGAUGACUUUGAAGAGAGAACUUUUUCAUCAGAUGAGUGUGAAUAUCAAGGAAGCCACUUCUGUGAAAGUCAUUCGUCAUCAUGUGUAAACAGUGCAUCUUUGUCACCAUUUCACUCAGAAGAGAAGAAAAAUUUCAUGAGCCACACAGAAGAUCCAGUAAGUGAAUGUCAAGCAAUACAAUUUUCCUCAAAGAAUUUAUUUUCAAUAAUGAAAAACAACAGGAAGAAAAAGACAAGGUUUCCGGAUCAUCUUAGUUUUCAAAAAGCUUUUAAAUUUACUGCAAGAGAUAAAGAUCUCAAUGUGACACCGUGCCCUUUUGUCCAUUUAUUUCUUUCUAGUGACCAAAUUAAACUUGUGGAAGAAAAUGUGAGAAGUAAAAUUCUCUCAAGAUCCCAAGCUACAUUAGUGAGCAAAGCUAAUUAUCCGUGUCCAAUAACUUGGGAGCCAUUAACUCAAAGUCAACUUGCUGAUGAAAUGAUUAUUCCUGCCCAAGUACAAGGUUCUUUUCCAGAAGAUGCUAUGCAAGAUCAAAGCUUUUAUGAAACACAAUCUACUAGUCAAACGCAACAAUACAUUUACAACCAAGAAUCAGUCAGCAGCCAGCCAGAUUUUAUUCAAAUUCCAGCUCUGAUGAGGACACCAUUUUCUAGCAGCAUACAAAACUCCUUCCAGGCCCAAGAUAUGGACAAGAGCCAACAUUUCAUCAAAAUCCCAUGUUUUGUUGAGACACAAGAUUCAGUCGAAGGCAUAGGGUCUGAUGAACAUUUCAGUGAGACCCAAUAUUAUGCUUAUUCUGAAGAUUCAAACAACAUUAAAUAUGUAAUUGAAGGGCAAAAUAGUGUUUUCAAGAAUGCUGAAUUUCUAACUUCAAGUCUAAGUCCACAACAAAAGAGGAUAAUGCCAAAGAGCCAGCAGCCACUUGCUUCAUCAGAAUUAAGCCAGUAUUCUAUAGACAGCUCAAUGUCUCCUUCACCUACCAUUAAAGAGCGGAAAAACAGGAGAAAGAUAUCAAAUAGUGAAAAAAAACUCACUCUUAAAGUUUCAUCUCUAAAAGCAAAGAAAACAUCUAAUUCACAGAUAAUUCUGAUGACAGUAUGUCAUACUUCAAAAGAUAAGAUUGAAUUAGAAUGCAAGAAGAAAAAAUUACUUCAAAAGAAAAGCAUGUCAGCUAGAGCUAUGCAUCUUAUUCCUGUCUCUAAGCUUACUACUCCUUACAUUAAAAAAUAUUUCAUAAAAAAUAUAGCAACAGACUUAAUAAAAUGUGACUAUUUUCUGCAGAAGCAAAACAGGUCACCAGUUACAGAGGAACUCUAUUAUGGGAGUUCCAUGGAGAGGGAAAACUCAGACAGUAUUGAAAAUGUAGACCAGCCAUUCAUGGUCAACACUCAUGAACUUACAACGCCUUGCUCAUUAUUUGAAACAAACGAAGAGAGUAAGGAGUCUUGCAAAGACUCGGUUAAGCAGACGUUUGACCUGAAUGUUCCAAAGUAUGAGAUGCUUUCAGAAGAAGUGAUAUCUGAAUCUAUGCAGCAAUGCUUUUCAUCUCCCAAAACAAGCAGAGGAAUGAAAAUACAGAUGGACCCGCAAAAUUCAGAGACCGCGGAGGAAUUAAUAAUGAGUACACCAAACACACAAAGGUACUCUUUAAGAGAAAACAAGGAGAAUGCAAAAGAUUCACUGGAAAUUGUUCUGAAGUGUUUGGGUGUCAAUUUGUUGAUUUCCCUAGGACCUCAAAAGCAUGAGAAAAAUGAAGAAUUAAAAAGCAUGAGAGUUCAAGUGAAUAGAGGAGGGGAAGAGGAAGAGAGACCAUUAAUGCCUAAUAUUGCAGAAUAUCAAAACCCAAGUGAAAGAGAGAUGCUGGAAUCCAAUAAAAAGGAUAUGCAUCAAGAUAGAAGGACAUCAGAUACAUUUCAUAAUGUCAUGCAUACUAUCAUUUCCGAAACACUGGGUACAGAAAUACAGAGUGAAUUGAAAACCAAGACAGGCAGCACAUCAACAGUAAUAAACUAUAGUCAUUUUGCAUCAAAGCAAAAGGAAUUACUAGAUGAGAAGAUAACACAGGAAGUAAAGAAUACUGCUAAGAACAUACUUAAAAAGCCACAAGAAUGUGACAGAGAGGAAGAGGAACGAAGUGAAGAGGCAGUCCCACAGCUGCCAGAAGACUUCAACAUAUAUUUGAAGCAAAAGGACAAAUGUAUCAAAUUUGAAAUGGAACCUAUCAGUUCAGGAAACAGAAAAAUUCAAUAUAAAGAAACAGAAGGACUGAUACAGUCUAUCUCUACACAAACUGUUUUGGAGGAUAGUCUAUGCCUCAUCCCAGGUUCACUACAAGCUGAGAAAGUGAAGCAAAACAAAGACAAACCUACAGGCGGAGAAAGGGCUGCAGACUCUGUGGAUUCACUUUCAAUGCCAGAGAACUUGCCAUUUGGUGAGAAUUUAAUGGAAACAGAGUAUGGGGUCCCCUUUGGUGAAAAGCCCAUGAAAACAUUGGAUGGUCAUAUCGCAGAAAAGAAAGAAGGUUUCAAAAGAGACUUACAUAUAGUUGCCAUGGGGCCUUUCAAAAUAAAAAAUUUGUCAGGAACAAAAAAUGUCUUCAAUGUCAGGCAGAAAAUUACAAAAGUAAGGAAGCCUGUAGUUUCGCCCAAGUUCUGUUUCAGUGCACACAGUACUCCAAAACAUAUGAAGAAACUGGGAGGCAGCCCUGAGGUUAUAAUUAAACAAAUGCUGCAUGAUGAAAUGUUGGCACAUAUGCUUCCGAAUGUCCAUCCUCCGAGGUCUAGUUUGCCAGGUCGUAAAAUGCAUAGGAAGAAAGCACAAGAAAAAUCUAAAGUUGAAAAAGAAAAAAAGACUUUAGCUUCUUUUAAUAAAGAAAAUGAAUCCCCAGAUACACUAGCAGUUAAAUUGUGCAAAGAUGUGAAGGUAGUCAAACAAGUUCUACCAGAAGCAGUAGCUCACAAGUGGAACUUCGAACUGGAUGCCCAUCCAACGAAGGAGAUUAAAACAGAGAAAGAAAUAUAUCAAACAGUGUCAUUCACACAAACAGCUGAGGAAUCUGUUGACCUACAGAGAAUGGAUUCCUUGCAUGAUGCAGUUACAAAGAGGAGCAUAUUGACACAAACAGGGUCCCAGUGUUCUGCAGCACCGAAGAUGGGUCCUCUAAUAUCAGAGAGAUUACCGAUGGGAGACCCUCUAAACCAAAGAGAAAGUGAUGUUCCGAGUAACAAGAAUGAGACAAGGGAAAUCCUUUUUGGUUCUACAGAAAAAAGGAAUUUAUCAAAAGAUUUAUCAGUGGCUUUCUCAAAGACUUUUAACUUGACUUGCCCUAAGAAGAGAGAGAGAGAAUUCACAAAUGUGAGGGGGAAGCUACCUUCUUCAAAAACAUUCAGAAUUGCAGGCAAUAGAAAGAAAUCAAAAUUGAACUCCAAGACCACGUUUAAAAAGAUAAAUCAAGCUAAAGCAUUUUCAACCGAAUGCCAAAACACUCUUUGCUCUCGCAUCCACAGCAGAUUGCACAGAACGUUCUAUCACACUCAGUCAACGCAAGAGGAACCAGCAAUCAAAACAUGUAUUGAUUUCUUGGCUGAGAGUAAGGUAUUCUACAACAGAGAGAGAAAACUUCAGAAAGAGAAACAAAAAGCUUCUGUAGAGGCAGCUCCACAGCACAGCCAAGACCUGUGUUCUGAUGCUGAUGAAACGGAAGAAAUGCACCUUGAUGAACCAGGUCCACUGCUCGUCUCUUUAACACAAGAGAAACCUGUGAAUGGGCAGGGUGUACAACACCAAAAACAUUUUGCACAAACUAUGUUUCAGGGCAGCCUCAGAAUGGAUCCCAUAGAAACUGAAAAAUCACAGAAAACCAACAAAAUGGAAAAUGGCGUGGAAGUCCCUGUGGGUCCUAAAAUUUUACCUCCAGAAGCAGAGAAUGCAUCGCUUAAUGAAUUUAUGGACACAGAGACAUCAGAUGAUUUGGAAUUUGAUGAAAACUCGGAAAGGGAACUAAAUUUGUAUACUGAAGAAAAAAAUUCAGACUUGCCAACAAAUUUGCAAGUGACAUUCCUACAGUCUUCUGAUUCUGUUACAACGUCCUUUGCUUCUGGGCCUAAAAAGCAGAAAACAGCAUUACGAACACGGAAGCAGAAACCAGUGAGUCAGAGAUGUAGAACCAUGAAAGUAGUAAAGCUAUUGGCUUUACCAAGUGUUAACUACUGGUACAGGAAUAAACUGAACCCCAACAAAGAAAUGAAAGGUCUGCAACAAAGCAAAAGCAUAACCGAUACAGAUGUGGCCCCCAUUCAUUCCAAGGUUCCUGUUCUGUUCAACAAAAGAAAGAGAAAUUUAACAGCACAGAGAGAUAACUGGAGAGUAGGAGGACAUGGCCAUAUGCAGCUAAUGCAAGAGAAAACACCAAUUGGAAUGAAUGUAUACUGCCCAGGUUAUGUUGAUGUGAGCAGUUCCUCUCACACAAAACAGAAUGGAGAGAAAGAGGAGGAGGAGGAAGAGAAGGAGAAGGAGGAGGAGGAGGAACCUGAAGCUUCACAGGUCCCAGAGGAUAGCUGUAGCCUCAUUUUCAGUACAUAUCAGGAAAAAUACAAUGAGCUUGUCAAACCAGAUGAGAAACUGAACCAACCAGGAAGAACAACAGUUCAGGUACAACCACAAACACCUUUUACAAAAACUGUUUCAUGUUUUACUUCAUGCCCCAUCCCAGAUCAAUUUCAGUUAGAAAAACUAGAGAACUACUCCAGUUAUCCCCCUCUGAAGUCUGAGGGAGCCAAGGAUGAUGCAUUUUCUGAAAGAGAAGAUGAUAACCUGACUGAUGAAAGGUUUCACAAAGAACAGGCUGCUGCUGGUGGGAAGAGGGCAGAGCAGUCAUCAGUGCCAUCUGAUAGUCCAAGCCACCAGGCAAAAAUGGAAUGUGACUCAACAAAAAUAGAAGACACAUAUCAAGAUAAAAAAGACCCAGAUAAAACCUACUCUUUGACACCAGAUACUGAUAUUAACAGCAAUAUAGAAAUAGAAAAAGGCAAAGCAAGAGUAAAAACACUCAGUUCUGUACUAAUGAAGCAAAAGAUACCACUUCAUGAAGGAUGUGUUACUUCAGAGGACAUCAAGGAAACUGAUCUUCAAGAUGAAAAGGAAGAAGAAAGUGAUGAUGAUGAUGAUGACGACAAGGAUGACAAUCUGUUAUUCAAAUCACUUCCACGGUAUAGCCAACAUUUUGUAUUUUGUUCAAGUCAAAGCAAGGAUCUUAACUCUCGUAAAUCGAGAAACCGAACUAGGAGCACUCUGUAUGUUAUAGAAGAAGAUGUCCCACAACAGAGUCAGUCUGCAGAUCCAACACAGAGAGAAGGGCCAGAGAAAAGCAUUCAGACCCAAGGUGUCACAUGCACAUCAAGCUCAAAACUUCCUCCCCUAAAAUCAGAAGAAUUACAAAUAGAAGAAGUUAUGGUUUAUAAGACAAAACAUGACAUCCCAGCUGAUGGGAUUCAUAUGGGUGAACUGAACAACUGGGAUAAUUUGGAAUGCGUAGAGCUUAGAAAUGAUCUACAAGCAACUGUUCCAUUGUCUUUGAAUCUCUCCACCCCUGAUCUACCAGAAUCUAAAAGGCAGAGCAAGGUAUUUACAUGUAAAGUCUUACAAAGUAAAAUGAGUCCCACCUGUGGAAUUAAGGGAAGAAAAGCAUCGAUUUCAGAGGUACUUACUAUCCCACAGCAUGACUGUAGAAAAAAUCUACCUCCAACAGCCUCCAAAUCACAGAAUUUUGAGUUAAUAUGUCCUUAUGCCUUACUUGAUAGGAUUAGUAUGAUCAUAGCAGAGAAAAAUAAGAGACUAUUGACUCAAGAAUCAGCAGCAACAAAGCUGGAGUCUUCAGAUUUCUCCACACUUGCUUCACCUAUAGCUAAAGAGAAUUUAGAACUCAUGAACAAGAGGCUUGAAAUAAGUCCCAGCUCUCUAGCUUUAAAAGCAAAGGAGGCAGUGGUCUCUCAGAUACUUAACAUUGCAGGAUGUGGCACACCAAACCAUGGAAAGCAAUUAAAAUGCAGAUCAGAAACCAAGACAAAGCAAGGUGAACCUGUGGCAGAUCCAUCCCUAAAUGCCAUUCCCUCUCCCAUGCUUCUGUCCCUUGGCAUAAAAACAUGUGACAGAAUAAAAGAGAUGAUACGGAAAAUGAAAUUUAGUCCUGAGCCGCAAGACCAGUCAGUACAUGAAGAGACAGCUUGCUGUACACAUUCCAUUGAUAAGGCUACUACUUCAAAUGGUACUGAGGCUGUAAAAGGACAAGAUGGUGAAGAAGACCCACUGAUUUCUCAACAAUUCAAUUUCAGUGCUCAGAAGAUGUUAGACCCUAUUUGUGUGAAAUCUGAUGUAGAACUGAUGAAUUCAGCAACUCAUCCAGAGUUAAAGAAGCCGCCUCAUGAGGGGCCAGCACAGGCCAGUGUGAGCAAUACACAAAGCAGCAUGGUAGGUCAAAAGGCUCCACUUCCAAAGCACUCAAUACCAUGUGAUAAUACUUGGUAUGAAAAUCCUAGAAAACGUGACUAUCCCUUUUCUGAACAAAAAGCAUGGAAUCAAGAUGACUUAAAAACAGCUCUGGAACCUUCAGAUGACUGCAACCUUGUGUUAUCUCAAUCCAAAAGUGAGAGCCACACAUUAGAGUUGCUGGGCAAAAGAGAUGUGAGACCCAACACAAGGCAACCAUCAGCUUCAAAGUUGCUUAACAUCACAAGAGGCCAUAGAAAGAAAAAGCAUCCCAGUAAGUGGCAGAUGAGAGAUAAGGAUCAAGUGGGAAUGGCAUUACUUGGCACUACUGAAGAUCCUAUGAGUUGGCCACCCAAUUUAAUAACUGAUAAACUGUCAUUUGAUGCAGCAGCAGGGGGCACUUUUUCUAUCGGGACACCUGAAAAACCUGUGGCUGGUCUUAUGAUAGAGGAAAAGGCAGAGUCACAAGCAAACAUAACCGCAACUUUCUCGGGACCUUCCAAUUUUUCCUUAUCUGCCUCUAAAAGCCAGGUAAACACAGUAAACUUAUCAGAAAAUAAAAUUACAAUGAGCAACAGAUUUUUAACUAUGAAGAAAAGGAAGUCACCACUUUCACAGAUAAUCAAAAUCAAAGGACACUUUACCAUAAAACAUAGAAAAUUUAAAUCAAGAUUAAGAACCAAAGUGAAAGAAAUAUGGCAGAAUGAAAACAUGAGUGAUCUACUUCUAAGUACCAUUUACGUCAGAUCAGGUACCUCUAACAUUAUAAGGAAAAAUAAGUUCAAAGAGGAGAUGUGUACGGGAGGAUCAAGGUUUACUCACACACAGCCAACACAGGGGGACUCACCAGUUGAAGGCAUAACAAAGUGUGCUGAUUCCAUUGGCAAGGGUAGUUCUGAUUUUCUAAGGGAAGCAGAACUACAUGUUGGACAAUGUGGGGUAGAGAAGCAAGAACGGCUAAUAAAACCUGGUUCAUUUUAUACAAAACACUUAACAGCAAAUGUACAUCUCAUAAAGAAACCUAGUCCUGGAAAGUCAGAAGGUGUGCUUUUAAGGAAAUCUUUUUCCUCCCAAAGUCAGAUGCAUGAGACUGAUCUAGAAAUGAAUGCAAAAUUAGAAAGCAACAACAUGCAAAUCUAUCUCACAGAUGGACUCCUAAGCACAGAGAAAUCACACAGUUGUGCAGACAUCCGUGAGCCAGCAGGUCACCACAUCACUAAACAAGGCAAAGAGAAGAUUGACCACUCUUCUUUAAAACAAAAAUCUCCAUGUUUUUUGACAGAUAUUGUCAAUUCUAUUGCCAGGGAUUUCAAUUCUUUAGAAGAGUUUAAAAAACAGAUUGGUAGCCAGAGAGCAAGUAACUUUUCAGUUCCCAGAGGUAUACCUUCACAAGUAAAGCAACCAGCAGUUUUACAAUCACUUAAUGAUGUAGAGCUUUCUGCUGUAAACAUAAAUGAGAAUAACUUCAAAGCCUCAAAGACAAAAGUAGAGAAUGGUGUAUUAAAUGCUGAUUUAAACUCUAUCUAUACUUCUAUGCCUGCUCGGCAUAUAAAAGCAGAGCCAUCCCAUGGCAUGUGGGAUAUGCAGGAAAAAUCUUCUGAAAGUGGAAAUGCCCUAGACAAAACAAAACUUAAAGAGAGAGAAGAGUAUGGACAACCAAUUUUGUUUACAGUAGCUCCACAGAGUACCCAACCAUUUGCAUUUGGAGUAGGUCAAUCGAGACAGCCUGCUCCUUUCAAAUCAGAAACACUUUCAGUUAAUCCAGUGGGUUCCAAGAACACUGCUCUUCAGGAAACAGCUAUUUAUUUAAAAGAUCAAGAAGGAAAUAUAAAAGUUGGAGAAAAGUGUAAUCAAGAGUUUGUUCUUUUCUCUAAUAUGCAUACUCUUCAAGUAAAAAGACAGAACAAUGAAUUUAAAACAAGCUGGGAAACGAAUCCAAAGUCUUUUGCCAUGCAAAAGAACAAGGAGGAACCCAGUAUCUCAGGACCUAUCUGCAGUUUUUCUUUUGCCAGUGACCCUACCUAUACUGAGAUUGUGAGGCAAGAAGAUAAGGUGAAAACAUCAGAUGAGAACAGUACUGUCUGUACCAAACAAGUAAAGCUGAAGGCAAAGAAAAUACCGGUUCCUCCACUGAGACGUGGGAAUGGAAGUAAUGAAGAAGAACUUGGAGAUAACGUUCAGCACCAGCACUCAUUCCACCUGAGUAAAAAUGGAGAAAACAUAGUUCCAAAAGCUAAUUUUGACUUUGAAUGCAUUAGGCACCCCACUAAAAAGCUUCCUGAAGUAAAACUGGACAAAGACAAGCUGGAAGGGAGAAAGAACAUAUUUCCACAGCUAGAUCUGGAGAAACCAUCAAACAAAAGGCAAAUGUCAGGAAAUACUGACACAGCCAGCACCUCUGGAACAUUGAAAGGAAAUCACAAGGAGGAGCAUGACCAUCAGUGUGCUUUAGAGGACAUUCAUCAGCAGUAUGCCCAACCAUUCAGGGUUAGGUCACAGCAAAUAAAGGAAGAUCACCCUGGAAGAUUAGAAGAUCUACAAAGAAGGGUGAGCUCUAAGCCGUCUUUACAGAAAGGUGAAGCAAAUUACCCUGGGCUUGACAUCCCAAGAAGUAGAGGAGGAACAGAAGUCUGUAGUGGCUGGCAAGAAGUCCUGCCACAGAAAUCUCCCCUGGAACAAGGGAUAUGGGAACCAGAAGUGAUUCUCAAGAGCAGUCUGGGAUCCAUUUCUUUUCCCACGAAGGAACUGCCUCAUUUAAAAACAAUCAAAGAAUUCACAACCAAACAAGACAAACCAUCAAGUCCACAGAGAACAAAAGGAUUGAAAGUGACAAACAGCCUAUUGGAUUCAAAAGAAACGUCACCUACUCCCAGGUUGCUGAUGCUACAGGAGCCAAAUCUUCUUGCAGAAUCUCAUCUGGGAUCCAUUUCCUCUUGUGUACCACAUCAACUUCAUAGUGAAAACCCAAAGGAAGAUAUAAAAAUAAAAGACAAACUCUUAAUGGAAGCAGUCCAACAGCCUGUUGAUAGGUAUGCAGUACCCAGCACUAUCAGAAGACCAGCACAAUGUAUCAUCAAGCCAAAGGAACGCGAAGUGGUUUUACUAAAUAUUCUUCCACAGAGUAGAGAUCAGUUAAUUAUUGACCAACAAGUGGAAGAGCCUAGACACAGUGAUUUGAAUGCCAGUUUGGAAAAGGAAACAGACUGUAUCGUGUUUCCAGAGAAUGGAGAAACCUCUAAUGCCCCAAGACCCAAAGAAUUCCUCACUGCACAAAGAGUACAGCAAGACCUUGUAGAUUCUGUUUCAGUUCCACUGGGAAGCGAAGUAUCGAAGGAAAUGAAUAUUUCAUCAAGUUCAAAAGGGCAGAAUAUAUUUCUCAUAGAGAUGGAUACAUUUCAGCAAAAGACUCGUAAGGUGCAAGAAUUGCCAAAACAAGAAGGCACUGCUAAGGCAAACUCGGGGUUGGUCCCCUGCCCUGUUAGGGAGUCCUUUCAUUUGGAAAAUACUGGAGAGAUGGCUAAGGAAGGAGAUGUAUAUAUUAUCAGAAAAAAUAUUUCACAUAUAUUAGGAAGAGAAAGACUAAAAGAAACUGAUACUGUACUAGAUUCCAAAGCACAGACGUUUCUUUGUACAAAUCUGGAGGGUAUUUACAAAAUGGGUGGAGGUCAGAGUGGACUUAAAAAACCAGGUCACAGACCCAGAGUAAUUCUGGAUUCUGUACCUUGCCACAAGAGGACUCCUCUCCAUCUAAUACAGACCCUGAAUAACAAAGAAAGGGAUAGCACUUCUCUAAGCGUCAGAGAUGCCAGAAGAAAAGAUCAAUCAGCAGUAGCUGACACUUCAUUACAGUUAAGUAGAGAGAAAGUGGAGUUUUCUGAAAAACUGCGGGCAAAACAAUUGAACAUAUUUAACCAGAACAAAGAAAAAAUUCUGGAAUUUGUUUCAUCCUGUAUAUUGUACCAACAUCAAACUGAUAACACAAAGAACCAAAUCUUUGCAAAAGCAACAUCAAAUUCAAAAGUUUUGAACCCAGUGAAAGAGAAAGCAUCAAAAGACAUUGCUCGGGGCAAUGAAAAUAAUCUAGAUGUAGUUCGGAAUGAAUCCUGGGAUUCCGUUCUUCCUUCAUCUGACAUGGAAUGGGGUUCUAAAAUAACAGGGGGCUGUUUAAAAGAAAUAACAAGAUUCUGCCCUCAAUCAUCAACACUGCAGGAGUUGUCAGGUGCAACUAAUGAUAUUUUAAGCAGUAAUAAAGUAAAACCUAUGCCACCAAAAGAUCAAUUGCAUACAGCUUCUGAGAACAUGAUGCAUUUCCAAAGACCCUCCUUGAGGGAGGAACAAUCUUCAGUGCCACAGGAAUUACUGUUUAAUGUUGAAGAAAAGGAUAAAAAGAUGCAAGAAGAUAAACAAGUUAAGGAAAAAAGCAAAUCUUCCAUAUCUCCCCUGCCUUACUCUAAAGUGGACACCAGACUAUAUGGAGAGGAUGCUGUGCAAAUAAGGACAGGAUCUGCUAGUCUACAGUCAAAGCUCCAGGAACCAUCAGGACAUGGGAGGGAAAUCACUUAUAAAAGGUUUAUUUGUGAAUCUAUCUUGAACAGUAUAAAACUUUUCAUAGAACAUGCAAUCCAGAAAGAAGAGAAUAUAAAAACAGAAAAAAUCAUACCUCCGAAAGAAAAAAUACCACCACUUUCACAGAAAAUGGAGUUAGACAUCAAAGAUCAAGAGAAAGAACUACAAAAAAUGAAAGAUGAAUCAUAUGUAGCUGUGACAAAUCCCAGCACUUGCUUAAAAUCAAAUACAAGGAUAGAAAAGGCAGAAGAUACAACCAAAGUAGUAAUAUAUUCCCUCCCAGAACUCCCACACCAGAAGUCAUCAGACACAUUGAUAAAAGCAAGUAAAGAACGGAUGGAGAGUAAUAUCCCAAGCAGUACACAAAAAGGAAAAGAUCACAUGCCACAGAAAACAGAGGAUGAAGCAAAAGCGUUUGCUGAGAAAGUCAUAGUGCACACAAAGGAUAAAGACUGCAAAGGAAAAAUGGAUAGAAAAGGCAAAGAACAGAAGUGUGAUUGUGAUGGCAAAGACCAAGGGAAAGCAGAUCCAAACUGUACAAAGCCAGGGAAAUGCCAACGAGACAAUAAAGAGCAAGGGAGAGUGGACCCAGAAAGCCAAAUGCCAUGGGAUGCAGACACAGGAAGUACAGGACAAGGGGAAGCAGAAGGAGGCUGUCAAGAACAGGAGAUAGUGGGUCCAGAAGGUAAAGGGCAACAGAAAUGGAAUCGCACACGUGAAAAUCAAGGGAGAGGAAGUAAAAGUGAAGAGAAAGUCAUUCCCUGUGACUCUCUUCCUUCUAAGCCUUCUCAUCAUGAGUUGGAUACAAUAAUAGAAGAAAACAAUAUAGCAGUUAUAAAAUAUGCUACUUCACAACUACAGCAUCAGAAAUUGUUUGGUGCAGGGAAGACGAAAUGUAUAAAUUCAACUGAGAACAGUAAUAAAUCAAGCGAUAUAAAAACCGUGAAACAACGUGAGCCACAGAUGUGGCUAGGUAGAAGAAAAAUUGUGAAUACAAAAGAUGUAAUGUGUCCCAAAGACACAAGUUGCAAUAUAGAUAAAGUAUUAGUCUCACAUGUACCAGCUAUCACUGGACAUUGUGGCCCACACACUACAGAAAAACAGACAAAUGUAAAUGAAAACUUGGGAUGUGUACAAGAAAAAAAAUGUGAGCUAGGUGAGGGUCCAAUCUUAACAUCUUUCUCUCACAGUAAAUUAGACAAGAGAAUAGAAGUCAAAGAAGAAACUUUGGGAGUAACAGGACCCUUUUCUUCACAUUCAUGGAACAUGGAAAUUUCCAACACAGAGAAAUUAAAUGAUACGGUAUCUCCUUUGAAUGAUACUGUACUUGAUUCAAAAAGAUCAAGAUACAUAUCACAUAAGGAAGAGGACAGAGCAAAUACUUUUGAGACAAACACAGUGCAUCCCAAGACCACAGCAGUGAAGAGGGAGAAAGCAUCCCUUUUAGGUAUAUUCGAAACAAGAAAAUGUCAAGUGAACGUGAAUAAGCAAAGUAAAAAGAAACCAAGAGAUAGUAAGGACAGAGUCAUGCCUCUGAGCAAAACUCAUCACUUUGUCAUGUCUUUGGAUGUCUCUAAAUUAGAAACAAAAGAAGAUGUUGAAUCAGAAAUAAUACAAAACCACAUAGUAGUCCCUGAGCCACAAGAAUCACUGCCUACGGGGCAAGUAGCAUGUAUAGACACAGACACAGAAGAUACAGAAGACAGAUUAACUUUAAAAGCAAAAAUAUCCCCAUGCAUACAUCUGGAUGACAGAAAGACACUAAAACAGGUACAGGAAGAGAAAAGUGAACCAGGAAUGGUUCUAAAGGGAACUACUCCACGGCCUUCUGUGUGUUUCCUCAAGUCAGACACUAGAGUGAAUGAAAAAGAAGGUAUACUAGGUGGAACACAAUUCUCUUUUCCACCACCAAAGAUGCAGGAUACAUCAGAGUCAGAAGAAAAGGUAUACACUGAGUUAUUCGAUUAUUGUAUGUUAGAGUCAUCCGAUGGUUGGGUGUUAAUCAGCAGGAAAGAACUCACACAGUCUUCAACACAAGAAGAAGAAAAUAAUAGACUCAAAAAAUAUGUGAAAGACAAAAAGAUCUCCAAAUCAAUGAAUCCAAAGGUGGAGAAACUACUACUACCACAUAUACUCAGUACCAAAGAGUCGCAGAGGAAAACCAAAGGACAAAAGCUUGUGGAUCUGAGAAAUGUAACUGUAGAAUUGUUCACCUCAUCCAACAGAUCAUCAGAUGCAGAAGUAACUGGCAGAGAACUUUCCAGUGAUGCAAAAGAAUCAAAUGAACACAUAUCACAGAAAGAAAAGGAAGAUAAAGAAAAACUUGUGGGUAUAAAUAGUGUAACGGAUUCCAAGGAUAUCUUGAAGACAAAGAAAUCACCUAUCUUACAUACACAAAACGUAAGUGACGUUCAGAGGAAGACUAGAGAGCAAGAGGAAAAUGUUGAGGAAGAUAAAAACAAGUCAAGUGUAAUGCUGACUCAGGCAUCUAAGACUGUGUCUUCUCAACCUUUCCUUACUGUGAAUUCUAUAACCAAGGAAGAAAGCACAUUCACCUUAACAAGAUCCUCUGUCGUCACAGAAAAUUUCCAGAAAUUAUCAGGUGCUGAAGGAGGUACAUAUAUACUGCCAAUUACUGAUGAUCUCUUAAUCAGUCUACAAAAUGGAAAGCAACUUAUAUCAGCCAAACAGGAAGAGAGUAGAGAAGAAAUAAUAAAGCUCAUGACAGCCCCCAAACAUGAAGAAAUAGAGCUGCAAGAACUUAAAGAUGAAUCAGGUUUGGUGUCUUCUCCUUCAUUACCAUAUGCGCCUCAUCCCAAAUUGGAUGAGAAAACAGAAUCAGAUGGCACAAAGCUAAGACUUACAAACUCUGCUUUGCAGAGACUAUCAGGCGAUGAGGAAACAGUACCGACAGAGCCAAUGAUUGGUGAUGUCAUGAAAGAUGUUUCAAAACAACGUAUGCCUCAGAAAGAAGAGACAGACAGAAAAGAAAUAAUAGACAGGAGAGGCACAGAUCUAACUCUGAAGUCACUGAAAUCAACCCCAUCCCAGAAGCUCUGCAGAUCACAGCUACAUAUCUGUAUUAACAGGUGUAAAUCAAACGAACAUGAGGACAGUCAAGGUGAACGAGUUUUAAGAAAAAUUUAUACUUCCACACUUUCUUUAAGCAGUGUUAACCUGGAUAAAUGUAUGCAGGUAAAUGAAGAAAAGCCUGAGAGUCAACCAUCUUCUCCACGGCCACAUAUGGUCCCAGCACUGCCAGGUGCAGAGAAGAUGGCAAACACAAAGGCAGUGGCUAAUGGUGUCAGAAGGGGAAAACAGUGGACACCGCAGAUUGAAAAAAAAGUGGACCUGACAGUUGGGGUGCCCUGUAAAAGGGCAAAAAUCUCACCAAUUUCACAUCAUCUUGAUACAAAGGAAUCUGUCCUGAAUGUGAAGGUGCUGGAGAAAAAAGAGCAAAAUGGUAAAGGUGAACCAAAUACGCUUACAAAAAUGACUUUCCUGUCCAUACCACCAGCUCCUGUCUUUUCUACAGAGUCACAGGACAAAGCCCAGAAAAACAUAGCAAAGUUUACGGGAUCCUCUUAUUCACAGAAAAAUCUCCAGGAAUUAUCAGAUGCCCAGGAAAGAGCAAAUAGAGAGUCGUUUGAAGGUGUCAGUAAAAGUAUUAAAGGAACAGAAUACUAUUUGCCCCAGAGAGAGGCCAGGCCACAAAUGUUAGACUCCAUGAUCAGCUCUCAGCAAGAAAGAGAGUUAAGUCCACAAGAUGCUACAACUGAUUUCACAAGAUUAGGUACCAUAAGAAAGGAAAAAAUUCCAGACAUGCCCUUCGAAGGACAAAAGGAUCAGCCAGAAAAUUUUGAAAAAGAACCUUUAACUGAAAUUGAGAAUCAGAAGGAAAAAAGUAAACAAGAAACCUCCUCAAAACUAUUUGUAGACUCUCUGGGUUCAGGCAAAUUUGAUAAGCCAAAGAAAAAUAUACAAAGCAAUGCUUCCAUAAGCAAAAUGUCUUGCCCCAGCGUGUUAGCAUUAAGGAAGAGAUUGCUGAAAGAAAUAAGCAGCACCAAACUCAGUAUGUCUCAAAAUAAAGAAAAGCAAAAUGUUACUGUGAAAAUGCAAGUCACGACACAGCCCCAAAGUGGACCCUGGACAGAGCCAGACUCCUUCCCUUCUCUUAAGUUUCCAGUUCACAAUAAAAAUCAGGGGGUACCUUUGCAAGAAGAUGUGGGCAAGAAAACUACAGUGAGCACCAGCCAAGGACCAGUGGUAUAUAUGAAUAUUAUAGAGUUUAAUGCUACAAGAAGAAAAGAUUCAUCAUGGCUUGUUCAAAAACAAGACAAAUGUGAUCUAGAAUCAUCUCAGAAGUUCCAUAGCCUACUAAAAUCUAGACACAUGGAGGCAAAAGAUGGUGACACAAGCCCUGAUGUAAAUCUGAAACAGAAAAAACGAGAAAUGGACAACAGUACUGUGAGUCAGGAAGACGGGAAGUUAAAUACAAGUACAAGCAGAGCUGCAUAUCUGGAAAAGCACAAAAGAGAAAUACAGAACUGCACUGUCAACUUGGACAAGAAACUACAAACGGGGACCAGCAGUUCCCCAACAGCAGAACCUCAGAUCAAGACUCAGUCAACCAUUUACAUGGAGAACUACUCAGUCCAGCAAAAGCUCAAAAAGGAAGAAGAGCUGUCUCACGCAAAACAAAAAUUGCUUCAAAUAAUUGUUCCGGAUUCAUUUUAUGUCUAUAUUCCUCUCUCUCGUAAAAUCCAGAAAAGACGAUUCACAACAACAAAUCUGAAAAGAGAAUUGAAAGCCAAAUAUUUAACCAUGAGAAUUCCAAAGUACCCAAUUUCAAGGAUUCUUGGUAUCCCAGGACGUAGUAGUCCAAGAAAUAGAAGGAAGUUAGAAUCUGCCUUCAACACACCCAAAAACAUGGUUUCAGGUAGGAAAGAUGCCCCAACAGCAGUAAACAGAAGUCUGUGUGUUUCCAUGAUGACUCCAUCUCAUGCCGAAGAAAUAGUAGCAUUUAAAACAAAUCUAAGAAGAGUAAAGGAAAGCUAUCUGUCCCAGGAGAAAUCGCUAGAUGCUAGUGAAACUAAGGAUAUGUUCAAUGUGAAGGAACUGAAUUUUACAAUCUCAGGUCUGCACAAUUCCCAGUUCUUUGCAGUGAAUGAUCAGCAAGUACAGAGGCUUCCUCAUGUCAGAUCAGAGGCAACCCUUGGAAGUAAAGUAAGUGAAAAGAACUUAAAUCCACAAACAAGAGAAUGGAUUGUUCCAGAGAGUAAUGAUUUAAAGAUCAUGAAAAACCCUGACAUGUAUACAGUUAAGCAAGAACAGAUAUCAAAAUUCAAUCACACACCUUUAGAGUGCCCACUUACACUUGAAGAUGCAAAGCAUAUUGCGGAAACUCAUAUGAGAAGAACUGUGAGUAUGAAUGUUCCCUCUCCGCUGGUAGAGCCAGUAUUUGGGCUCCAACUCCUUGAUGCUAGGGAAGGUCCCCUGCUUUUCAAGCAACAAGAAGCUGCUCCAGGAACUGUGUCCAUGCCACCUCAAGUUAGAUGUAAUGAAAACAAAACACUUGUAGAACGUUUGUUUCCCAUUUACGAAACACUUAAAAAUGUCUUCGAAGCUCCUGUUGAAAAUAAGAUCCAAGACAAAGUUCCUUCUUACAAAAUGGAAGAAGCACAAGCCUAUAAGCCAGAUGACUUGAAGUCCUCACCUUUUCCAGAGAGUUCAGACCCACCAUCAAAAACACAUGCCAUAUUGCUGCGCAAGCCUCUUUUAAAACAUAUGACCCCGGAAUCAAGGAAUAAGCUCACUAUGCAUUUAGAUUCAAAAGCAACUGAAAUAAAUCUUGAUCAGAUACCAGAGAUGGUAAACAUAUUCUUACAGAAGCUUAACUCUUACCCUAAAGGGCCUGUUUCAGAAGAUAACAGUUGGAGGCUUUCCUCAAGACAUAAAAAAAAUAAUUUUAUGUCUCCAGAAGUUGAUACUAUAGAACCCAACUUAAAACACGAUUACCAAAGAGAUUUUCCCCUUCCUAGAUGUCUGAAAAUACCCACCACUAAUGUUUCAUGUAGCAGCAAAGAAGUUGCGACAGAACCAAAGGGUAUUAAAAAGCAAGAAGGUAUAACAUUACUAGCAACUUCCACUGACGGUCUACCAUCAACUCAUGUUCUCCAAACCUUCUCAGAGAAGGAAAAAGAGCACCUUCUCAUGCACCUUUCCACAAAAACCCUGGAGAUGCAAACUGCAAUCUUCCCCAGAAUAGUGGCAGAAUCUCACGUAAAGGCCAGUGCCCAGGAUCAGUCAAAACCUUUAUUUAAGUGUAUCCAUUCUGCCACAAAAAGACCAGUUCGAGCAAACAGAAUCUUAGUACUUUUUGAUAAAAAAUCAUUUUGUGAAAUUGAUCAUGAUUUAGAACGCAAAUACCUCCACUCUAUAUCUAAGUCUCCUGUUGCUACGUUCCCUAAGCCAAAUAUACUCCCCAACCAUAGUCCUAAGUUAAGCGUGCAUUCAGGAUAUAAGAAAGUAGAUGACAGUGGAAAAAAUCACACUCGUUCUUUUGAUAAAGGACCUCUACAACAUGUUGCUUGCAAAAAUGAAAACAUAUUACUCCCAAAAAAAUUCCAGGAGCCAACUCUUGUGUCUGCCUUUGAUCCUGGUCUACGAGGCAUGGAUGAGAAAGAUAGCAGAGUUCUUUCAGAUUUAAAAUCCCAUGUGACACCAGAAAAAUAUAGAAAGUGUCAUGUAUGGUUUCAGGAAACAAAUUCAUACAAGUGUUUUGCUUCAAGGACUCAGCAAAGUGCUACUGAUUUAGCUGAUUCACAUUCAUCUUGGAUUUCUGAUGAGUGGACUGAUAUUCCCUUAAAUACCGAGAGUUCAGCUAACUUGGAGGAGCAUCUAGCUCCAGAAAAAAGUGACAGUGAGGAAUGUGUGUUCAUAGAAACUAACUUUUACUUAACUCAGGAGUCACAAAAUUUCAGCAUAUCCCCAGGCAUUCCUCUGGCAAAUCUCAAAGUAGAAGAAACAAGUUGUUUGAAACCAUUUUACAGUAAAGAUCCAAGUACCCAACAUACUAGCAUCCAUAGAAAACAAACCUUCCCUGUGACAUCACCUUCCUGUGAAUCUCACAAAAGGAGAAAAUACAGACCAUUCUCCAAAACACGGUUUCUGGAUUGGUUGUCUCACAGUUCAUCCAACACUGUAGAAAUUCAGUCGACUUCAUCUUCCACAUCAUUCAGAGAAGGGAAGCGUUCAUGGACCACAUGGAGCAAAACAAGCUGCUCUUUAACUUCCACAACAACUGAAUCGAUUAUUAUAUUGCGUCCUGCAAAAGACCAUGGUACAUCUCCCAUGCACCCACACAUCAAAGAAAGAAGGAAGGCUAAAUCUGACUCCCACAGAAAGUAUAAUGUUCACUGGGACUCAGAGUAUGGUCAUACUGACACUAAAGAGAAACGUGUAAGGAAGAAGAGCGUGCAUCAUUAUGAAUCAAAAAGAUCAAGUUAUCCCCAAAGUGAUCAUAGGCCGGCCUCAGAAGUUCCUCAGGAGAAUAUCAACUUCCAUUCAGAAAGAAGAGAUUACAAGCCAUUUUUUUAUGCCUGUGUACCAGCAGACCCAGAGAACAUUGUCCUCAAAACCAUUCGCUGGGUUGUUCCACCCCAAAUCUUACAGAAAAGAAACUUCCAAGCUCCUCGGGUGGCACAUAUUUCAAAUUCUUGGAAUCUGUGGAAUUCAUCCAAAAAGUUUUGGGGGUCACUUACAGUCCAUCAAGGUUGA